AUGGCGGCCAUAACCAAGGCCGCGGAUUACGACCGGAAACCUUCUGUGGAGCAUAUUUCGGAGGAAAAUAUCGCUCCUACAACGCUAGAAGCAGAGGCGGGCAACGCUGGGACAACGCGCAAACUCCAGCCACCGCCGCUGGUGGCUGCUAUGUCUGCUGAGGCGCGAGAGGAGGCGGAGAAGAAGUUGAGGCGCAAAAUCGAUACGAGGUUGCUGCCUAUGGUUAUUUUGAUGUAUAUCAUGAACUACCUCGACCGAAACAACAUUGCUGCUGUACGUCUGGCUGGACUUCAAGAUGAGCUAAAUCUCUCUAGUGUGCAAUAUCAGACGACCAUCUCUAUCCUGUUUGUCGGGUACAUUCUCAUGCAAAUCCCCUCCAACCUCUUUCUCAACAAGACUGGUAAGCCUGCAAUCUACCUUCCCACCUGCAUGGUCAUAUGGGGCGUCAUUUCUGGGGCCACAGCUGCGUGCCAAAACUUUGGCGGGCUCGUCGCGUGUCGCUUCUUCCUGGGUUUCAUCGAAGCAGCAUAUUUUCCCGGGUGUUUGUUCUAUCUCAGUACGUGGUAUACGAGGAAGGAGCUUGGCUUUCGGACGGCAGUGCUGUAUUCUGGGUCUCUGAUCUCGGGUGCGUUCGGUGGGUUGAUCACAGCGGGUAUCAAGAGCAACAUGGACGGAACGCAUGGCUUAAGAGCGUGGCGCUGGGUAUUCAUUAUCGAGGGCGGCAUCACGGUCGGUAUCGCCGCAGCAGCAUUCUGGAUCCUUCCAAACUUUCCACGCACAACGUCGUGGCUGACUGAAGAAGAGCGCCAACUUGCCGCCUUUCGCCUAGAGGAGGAUAUCGGUGAAGACGAUUGGGUAUCUUCGGAGUCGCAAACCUUCUUCCACGGCCUCAAAUUGGCUCUGCUCGAUGUCAAGACGUGGGUUUUGACCAUUCUGAUGCUCUCCAUCGUCUCAUCAGCAUCUGUCACAAACUUCUUCCCAACCGUGGUGAAGACGCUUGGAUAUUCGAACAUCGAGACGCUGUUGCUUACGGCGCCACCCUACAUGCUUGCGGUCAUAACCACCUACCUUAAUGCCUGGCAUGCGGACCGCACAGGCGAGCGCUUCUUCCACAUUGUCAUACCUCUCUGCGUUGGUGUGUUUGCCUUUAUUCUCGCAGCCGCUACUCACUCGACAGCGCCCCGCUACGUGGCCAUGAUGUUCAUGGUACCAGGUGUGUACACGGGCUAUGUUGUUGCUUUGGCUUGGAUCUCCAAUUCGUUGCCGCGCCCGCCCGCCAAGAGAGCGGCAGCGCUGGCGUUUAUCAACGCCGUCAGCAACUCGAGCUCGAUCUACGCCAGUUACAUGUACCCGCAGCCAAAGAAGGGACAGCCCAACCUGACGGUGCCCUUGAGCGUAGAUUGUGCGACGGCAGCACUGGUGAUUAUCAUGACGGUCAUUAUGCGCAUGAUCCUGGUGCGACUCAAUAAGAAGCUCGCCCGGGGCGAGCACGUCGAGGGCGCCAUCAACGGUGUGCCGGGCGUUGGACAGGACCGGGGAUUUAGGUUUCUGAUCUAGACAUCCGGUGCCGCCAGUCUGUAGGUACAUAAGUACACAUAGUUGGACAGCAAGGAAAAACAAAUCCGA